UGUGUGUGUGUACCUGGUAAUUAUCACGUUGUGGGGACCAAUUGUCCCCACAAAGAUAGGAAUACCAGUGUUUUUGUGACCUUGUGGGGACAUUUUGAUGUCCCCAUGAGGAAACAAGCUUAUAAAUCAAACAAGAUGAUGUUUAUUGAAAAUCUAAGGUACAAGAAAGGUUUUUGUGAUAGUUGGGGUUAGGGAAUGGGGCAGGUAAGGGGAAUAGAAUAUACAGUUUGUAUGGUAUAAAAUGCAUUACGUCUAUGGAAUGUCCCCACAAAACAUGGAAACCAGAGUGUGUGUGUGUGUGUGUGUGUGUGUGUGUGUGUGUGUGUGUGUGUGUGUGUGUGUGUGUGUGUGUGUGUGUGUGUGUUUGUUUUUAUCACUUUGUGGGGACCGCAACCUGACAGCACACUCACGUUGUGGGGCCCGAAAAACUUUGUGGGGCCAUUUUGCUGGACCCCACAAGGAUUAUCAUUGGAAUGAAUAGAAAACACUUUGCUGAUGUCUAGUGUAGAAAUCUGAGUUUGGCCCACAAGUGAUGAAAAAAAAAAAAUAUGUGUUUAAGUGUGCUAAGAUUUUGCUCACUACUGCCCCCUUAUUUCGCUUAAUGGUAGUGCACUCUCACACACUCGCACACUCGCAGCCAAUGAACGGCAUGCUUGUUUGUCACGUGGGUCAGUAAUUGACGUGAAGUCACCUGAAGUGUCGUAAUGAAGACGGUUGAGGACAUCUUGAUGAUUACACGAGGUCAGAAGGUCCACGAUGGAAAUAUAUCUUCGCUGGAAUAAUCAUUUGGAAUAUUCAUCAUAAGGUUUUAAAGUAAUUGCCCUGGCAAUGCAGAUACACAAGGAAGAAGUCACUAGGAAGAGGAAGCGGCUAAAACCAGAAGCUGUAGCACUGCAACAUGUCCGUAGUGCCACAGACAGCACAUGUUUUUUGGAGGCACGACACAUAAAUCAAAUAAAAGGUCGUGGUGUGUUUGCACUGUCCCCAUUUCAAAAAGGGGAUUUUGUUGUGGAGUACAGAGGAGAAAUGAUAGACUCUGCUGAAGCUCAAGCUAGAAGGAAUAAGUAUCAUCCAUCACAGGCAGUUUUUAUGUUUGACUUCUACUGGCAUGACAAACAAUGGUGCAUUGAUGCUGCUGUGGAAAAUGGAUCAUUGGGGAGACUGGUCAAUGAUGACCAUGUUAAUCCUAACUGCCGGAUAAAAAAAAUUGUUGCAGACGGAAAGCCACAUCUAGUCCUGUUUGCUUUACAAAACAUAGAGAGAGGAGACGAGAUCACAUAUGAUUAUGGUGGAAGUGAUUGGCCUUGGAGGGUUAAUGAAAACAACCAGGAACUGGUGGAAAGUUCCAACACAAGGACCCAAGACGGCAAUGAGGUUUUCCCUUCGAUUCUGAAGGUUGAUGGUGCACAUUCUACCAAUGUGGGCUUUGAACAAAACAACCAGGAACUGGUGGAAAGUUCCAAUACAAGGAUACAAGACGGCAAUGAGGUUUCCGCUUCGAUUCUGAAGGUUACAAAGAAACCAAUGAAUUCCUUAGUUCAGUACACAGACUCUGAAGUCAGCUCUGGACCAGAUUUUUCUUCUCCACAACCUGAUACGGUUUCAGAUUUACCAUGUAGCAGUAUACAGCAACUCAGUAGCAAAAGUACUGUGGAAGGAGAACAUGAGCUUAGAAGGCCAAAGCUUAGAAGGAUUAAAGGCAUUCCGAUGGAGGAGACUCUUCAUUGGUCUGAAGAGCUUUUUGACAGUCCAGAUGAAGAAAAUAUUCAAGCAGUUGUGCCACGAUUGAAGCGGACAAGAAGAAGUUUUGACUCAAGUACAGAUGAGGAUGAAGAUAACGUGGUACAUAAAACUGUGCCAAGACAUAUGAAGUCAAGAAGCAUUUUGGUUAAUCAGAAGAUUUCUGUUGGAACUGAAAAACUAAGUGAAUCAAGCCUGGACAGUGGAGAAGAAUAUGUUCCAUCCACAAGCGGGGAUAGUACAGAUAGUAGCAUGAGCCAAGAACUAUCAUUAAAAAGUCAAGCUGAUGCUACAGUAGGUCGUUCACUUCCAUGCAAGCGCAAAUUCAAGACACCUCUUGCUAAAUUCCAGGACAAUGACAGAAUUGCUGCUAUUACACACAUCCAACAUAAUGUUCCUGACAGCAACACAUCAAGUAAAGCAACAGUUGGAGAUGUAUCAGUACUUGUUCCUGCUGUCGUCAGAAAGAGUAAUGGAUCUCGAAUGUACAACAAGCGACAGUACUGCUUAUAUUGUAGUUCAGCGGUCCAAAAAAUGUCUAGGCACUUGGAGCGUGCUCACCUAAACGAGACUGAGGUUUCAAGAGCAUUGAGUUUUCCAAAGGGAUCCCGUCAAAGGAAAUUGCAGCUUGAAUUUUUGAGAAACAAAGGAAACUUUGCACAUAAUGCCGAAGUUAUAAAAACAGGGUCUGGAAUUCUUGUUCCCUUCAAACAACCAAAAGAAAAGUGUGAGGGUCAAGACUUCAUUCACUGUGUGUACUGUCAAGGGUUGUUUCUGAAAAGAGUGCUUUGGAGACACGUGCAGAGCUGUAAAUUCAAACCUAGUAGUGUUAAAUCUAAACCUGGAAAAACUAGAGUCCAAUCCCUCUGUGCGUUUGCUGAACCGGCACCCUCUGCGGUUAGUGAAAGUGUUUGGAAGCUGGUGAGCAACAUGACACAAGAUGAUAUCUCUUUUGAAGUAAAAAAUGAUCAGUGCAUCAUGGAGUUUGGAAAACAUCUAUAUAACAGGCUUGGAGCUGAUGUCAGCAAGCAUGAAUACAUUCGUCAAAAGUUGAGGGAGCUUGGUCGGCUGCGUUUACAUGGUAAAGAGGUUACACCACUGCAAACUAUCAAAGAUUAUGUCACACCAGAAAACUUCAUGUUAGCAGUUACUGCAGUAAAACACACAGCGGGUUUCAACGAGGAAACUAGCAAAUACAAAACCGCAACACUUGCUCUAAAGCUUGGACAUGGACUGAAAAAUGUGUCCAUGCUCCUUGAAACCGAUGCAAUGAUGAAAGGUGAUCAUGAUGGUGCAAAAGCGGCUCGUUGCUUUCGUCAGGUUUAUGAUGCCAGGUGGAAUGAGCUUAUAUCAGCCAAAGCCUUACAGGGUCUCACAGAGUCCAAGUGGAAUUCCCCACAGCUGUUACCUUUUACAGAAGAUGUAAGAACUCUGCAUUGCUACCUGGAUGACAAGCAGCGCCAGUUCUACAGUGACUUGACAUCAGAAUGCUCAUCUUGCAAUUGGGCUAACUUGACCAAAGUAACUCUUGCACAAGUUAUUUUAUUCAAUAGGCGUAGAGAAGGAGAAGUAUCCAAAAUGCUUGUUUCAACAUUCAUCCUAAGAGACAAAUCAGAUCCUCAUGAAGAUGUCAAUGUAGCUCUCUCUGAGCUAGAGAAAAGUCUCUGCAAGCAUUUUGUGAGACUUGAAAUAAGAGGUAAGAGAGGACGGAAGGUGCCUGUGCUCUUAACUCCUGCGAUGGUAGAUUCCCUUAAUUUGCUUGUGGAGAAGAGAAAAGAAUGUGGAGUGGCUGAUAACAACUCAUACAUUUUUGCACGGCCAUAUGCAAUGUCCCACUACAGAGGGUCAGAUUGCAUUCGUGACUUUGUGAAAGCUUGUGGAGCCAAGAACCCCCUCUCACUCACCUCUACAAAGCUCAGAAAGCAUGUUGCUACACUCUCAAAAGUACUCAAUCUCAAUGACACGGAGCUUGAUCAACUAGCAGAUUUCCUUGGACAUGAUAUCAGAGUCCAUCGCCAGUUCUAUCGCUUACCUGAGGGCACUCUCCAGCUUGCAAAGAUCAGUAAGAUUCUCAUGGCCCUUGAGCAGGGGCGUUUAUCGGAGUUUAAAGGAAAGACCCUAGAUGAUAUCAACAUCUCCCCGAAUGAGACAAUCCUGUGUGACAAAGAAAUCCAAGAGACCAGGCUGGAGGAGACCAGGCUGGAGACCAGGCUGGAGGAGACCAGGCUGGAGGAGAACAUGCCAGAUUCUGUGGUGAGCACACGAUUGUCCAAUGUGACAUCUCAAAAUGAAAAUCAGCAUCCAAGGAACAAGGAUUGUGUUGAGGACACAACUGAGUCACCAUGUGCUUCAGGCAGUCGGAUGCGAAAUUACACAAAGAAAAACUCUCAAGCUAUGCAAUUAUCAUCUCCAAAAAAGGGUCGCAAACCAGUCAAGAAGAAGAAUUGGCAGAAGGUGGAGGUUGAUGCAGUUGAAAAACACAUGAUGCACUUCAUUGAAUCCUGUCGUGUUCCAGGAAAGGCUGCCUGCGAUUUGUGCCUCAAAUCUGAGCCGGAAGCCCUAAAACAGAGGGACUGGCUGGCUAUUAAAUUUUACAUCAAAAACCGGAUAUCUGCUCUAAAAAGAAACAUAUGCUCCUGAGCUGCAAGUAUCAUUUGUAAAUGGCUAAAUGUUAUAUGGUCAGAUUUUAGGGAAUUUUAAAUGUUUUUCCAAAUUGAAUGUUUUCAACAUCUGGGCAAAAUGUGGUUUUAAAAUCAGCCUUUUUAGUUCUAAAGGUAAACUAAUUCUUCAGUUCCAGCUUGUUCUUUUGCCGUCUACAGUUAUAGACAAGUGUUUUUUCUGUCCAUUUAUGUCGUUAUGAGCGACAGUGUUACAUCGUUACAUAUGAUUAAAUAAAACGAAAGGUUACAGCAACGUUUUUUGUCUAAUGUA